GCUGCCAAAGAGACCGAGCGCUAAAUUCAGUUGUAUUUUUUGGCCAUAAAACGCUUAUUUCAAGUCAAGAUGAACGGUUCUUCGGGUUCUACCAAGAGAUCGAGAGAACCGGACGCCGAAUCGGGCAAGAGAAAUGUCGUUCUUUGUGUAAGAGACGAGAAAAUGGAGGUUUCAGAGGCCGGGCCGAAGAUUUCUGCUUCAGUGGACGAGAACGGCCCCCCCACCAUACCCUGGGCUGUACCGUGCAUUACCUGUGACAUGGUGGAAGGGACAGAGUUCAAGACCUUUUCACACAAGGCCCUCCAAGGACACUAUUACCUGGUGAUCUUCUACCCAAACGACUUCUCCCCCCUGGCACGCAGCGAGCUCCUUGCCUUCUCAGACCGCAUGGGGGAGUUCACCGCGCUGGGCUGCAAAGUGUUCGGCUGCUCGACUGACUCCAAAUUUAAUCACUUGGCAUGGUUCAAUACCUCAAGAGAGAAUGGUGGAUUAGGGCAGCUGAAGUUCCCUCUCCUGGCUGACAAAAGCACAAAGUUCUCAGCCUCGCACGGCGUUCUCAAUGAGAGGAAGAAAACCACGCCACUGAUGCUCCUCAUCGUUGACGCCAAGCAAAAUGUCCGACAGAUGAUCCUGAGUGAUGAGACAUCGUGCCAUAAUGUUGAUGAAAUCCUUCGCCUAGUUAGUGCCAUCCAGUACGCUGAUAAUACGGGCAAAAUUUGCCCGGGCAACUGGAAGCCCGGAGACGAGGGCCUCUCCAACCACUGCCCAGUGAAGAAAGUGAGCUCGGCAUCUAAGUAGUGCGUUCCUACCAUGUGUCCCGAGUCGUCUAAACAUUCAAAGGUCUUACUCAAAGAACCAGGCAGAAAGAGUCAGGUGUUCCCUCCUACUUGGGGAGAAUGACUUUGAGUUUUAUUUUAUGUUUCAUGGUGGUAUGGAUGCUUGGGCACUAGUCAUCAUAUAUGCGAUAUAUUUUUUUUCCUGCAAGUUCCUAUGUCUUUGUUUUUUUUUUCUUUCUUUUUUUGCCAUCCCGGUUGGCACAAAUUUUAUGACAGUAUUUCAUACAUGGUAUUUAGAUAUGUUCUCUUUUAGUAUAAUGUUAAAACAUUUCCUCAUAGGGGACAUUGCGUAGACAUUUUUGUAUCUAUUGUGACAGUGGAAAUGCAGCUAGUGAAAGAAGGUACUAUGGAAUGGAAUAUUACGUACAAAACAUUGCAUUUAUCCAAGAUGAGGUUUUGUGAGCGGUGUGAUGUUCUAUGUGAUAAGGAGCUGUGAUAAAAGGUCCUUUAUAUUUUUUUAAGUAUGGCUGAAUUUACAACUUCCCAUAGCAUUAUGUUCGUCAGUCAAAAUCCAAACUCGAAGUUUGCGAAAAGUUCCACGGUCAGUAAGAUAUCGUUAACUAAGGUUGCAUACAUUUGUAAAAUGUAACAUGUAUCUGUGUUUUCAUGUUGUGAAAAUGAACUUAGACUUUUGUACUGUAGUAUUCAGAUUUCAAUAAGUAUUGUAAGUUUUGGAUACUUAAUAAGCUUUGGAAAAUGUAUAAGUGUUCCAUGUAGCAGCUUUUUGUGGAUCUGCUUAAUGUAUUUGCUCAUGUUAAUGACUUCCAAUGUUUUUAGAGAAGAUCUGAUAAUUUAAUUUUUGUAUUCAUUGUUUUUGUGAGUAAACAAGUUUCUUUCCUUUG